UAUUGGUUUCUGAUAAGCAAAGAUAAAUUAUGUAAAUAUUUAAACUUAUAUAUAAUAUUGGAGAUUAUAGAAACUUUUUAAGAAUUUUUUUCUCAUAAUUUGAAUGACUAGCGAGAUUUUCAUAACACAUUUCGCCAUUUCGCGAUACGCCUACAUGCUAUGAAUAAAUUAAACUUAUCAAUUUAACUAGUGCAGCAAUUAAUAGGGGUGUGAAUCAUCACAAUAUCACUUCUGAAAACCCAGAACGCCCAUUCAGCAAAUUAUGUUAAGGUAGCAUAGCUGCAAUGGCCAAGUCCAGUUACAGCAAAGUGGAUGAGUAUGGAUUUGAGAGGCCUGAAAAUUUCAAUUAUGAUAUGUACGACAAUUUUAUGUCCCAAUACAUAAGAAUCCUUACUCGUAGAGCUCAGAGGUGGAGUACCCUCAAAGGGGAUAUUUACAAAAAAUCGAAUACACUAAAAAGAUUUGUGAGGAAGGGAAUACCUAGUGAUCGCCGUACGUCAGCCUGGAUGCACAUAUCAGGAGCUGAGAACUUGAAGAAUUCUUGUUCAUUCACUUAUGGGCAGCUAAGAAAGAAGAUAGACAAUCAGAAUAUAAUUGAAACAAUACAAAUUGAUCUACCGAGGACUUUUCCCGAUAAUAUAUAUUUCACAAGCCAUGAGCAUCUUCCUACAAUGCUGUAUAACGUGUUGGCCACGUUUGGACACCAAAACAAAGAAGUGGGAUAUUGCCAAGGACUGAAUUACAUAGCUGGGCUAUUACUGCUUGCAACCAAAGAUGAAGAAGCUUCCUUUUGGUUGCUCAAAGCCUUAGUUGAACAAAUCCUACCUCAAUAUUACAUAGUUACUAUGACUGGCCUAUUAACUGAUCUCGAUGUAUUAGAUGACUUAGUACAAAGAUAUGAACCGGUGGUACAUAGACACAUUCACAAUAUUGGAAUGCCUUGGGCUAUGGGCACCACUAAGUGGUUCAUUUGUUUAUUUUCCGAGGUGCUUCCGACGGAAACCGUUUUCAGAAUUUGGGACUGCCUGUUCUAUGAAGGUUCAAAAAUUAUAUUUCGCGUGGCGAUAACAUUGAUUAAGUUGCAUAAACAGAAGAUUCUCCAGACAAGCGAAUUGGGAGAGUUAAUCACUUGCUUUAGGGACAUGCGAAAUCAUGAAACUGUGAUCAACUGUCACCAGUUUAUGAGUGAUGUGUUUAAGUUAUCAGGAAACUUAUCGAAUAGUCAAAUUGAAAAAUUAAGAAGAAAAUAUAAGAAAGCCUAAUUACCAAAGAUCAAAACCAUUGGUAUUUUAUCUACUUAUAGAUUUAUUAUAUUUCUAGUCUAAAAAUUACAUUUUUAUAUUAUAUACUUUUAUGUACAUUU